AUGCAGCAAGGAGUUCGGCUAGACCAGGAAACCUUCUCUUGUUCAAUCUGUCUGGAUCUACUGAAGAAUCCAGUGACUCUUCCCUGUGGACACAGCUACUGCAUAAGCUGUAUUAACAACUUCUGGGAUGGAGAGGAUGAGAAGGAAAUCUACAGCUGUCCUCAGUGCAGACGGACCUUCACACCGAGGCCUGUCCUGAUGAAAAACACCAUGUUAGCAGAUUUAAUGGAGGAGCUGAAGAAGACUGGACACCAAGAUGCUCCUGCUGAUCUCUGCUAUGCUGGACCUAAAGACGUGUCCUGUGAUGUCUGUACUGGGAGGAAGCUGAAAUCAUCCAAGUCCUGUCUGAACUGCCUGGCCUCUUACUGUGAGAAACACCUCCAGCCUCAUUAUGAAUCUUCUGCAUUUGAAAAACACAAGUUGGUCGACCCCUCCAAGAAGCUCCAGGAGAACAUCUGUUCUCAUCAUGAUGAGGUGAUGAAGAUGUUCUGCCGGACUGAUCAGCAGAGUAUCUGUUAUCUCUGCCCUGUGGAUGAACAUAAAGGCCACGACACAGUCUCAGCUGCAGCAGAAAGGACUGAGAGGCAGAGAGAGCUCGAGGUGAGUCGACUAAACAUCCAACAGAGAAUCCAGGACAGAGAGAAAGAUGUGAAGCUGCUUCAACAGGAGGUGGAGUCCGUCAGUCACUCUGCUGAUAAAGCAGUGGAGGACAGUGAGAAGAUCUUCACUGAGCUGAUCCGUCUCCUCCAGAAAAGAAGCUCUGAUGUGAAGCAGCAGAUCAGAUCCCAGCAGGAAACUGAAGUGAGUCGAAUCAAAGAGCUUCAGGAGAAGCUGCAGCAGGAGAUCACUGAGCUGAAGAGGAAAGACGCUGAACUGAAUCAGCUCUCACACACAGAGGAUCACAACCAGUUUCUACACAAUUACCCCUCAGUGUCACAACUCAGUGAACCUACAGACUCAUCCAGCAUCGAUAUCCGUCCUCUGAAAUACUUUGAGGAUGUGACAGCAGCUGUGUCAGAGCUCAGAGAUAAACUACAGGACAUCCUGAAGGAGGAAUGGACAAACAUCUCACUGACAGUGACUGAAGUGGACGUUUUACUUCCACAACCAGAGCCCAAGACCAGAGCUGAGUUCUUGAAAUAUGCUCAUGAAAUCACUCUGGAUCCAAACACAGCACAUGUGCGCCUGUUAUUAUGUGAGAGGAACACAAAAGCAACAGUCAUGGGAGAAAAGCAGUACUAUUUUAGUGACUCAGACAGAUUUACUGGAUUUUUUCAAGUCCUGAGUAGAGAAAGUCUAACUGGACGUUGUUACUGGGAGGUGGAGAAGGAUCGGGGAGGAGUUUCAGUGGUAGUUGCAUACAAAGACAGUGAUACUUUAAAUGAAAGAUUUGGACAAAAUAAAAAGUCAUGGGCAUUAGACUUUUACAAACGUCGUUAUGAAUUCAGACAUGACGAUAUCUCAACUCCCGUCUCAGGUCCUUGUUCCUCCAGAGUAGGAGUGUACCUGGAUCACAGAGCAGGUAUUCUGUCCUUCUACAGCGUCUCUGAAACCAUGACUCUCCUCCACAGAGUCAGGACCACAUUCACUCAGCCUCUCUAUGCUGGUGUUUAUUUUUAUGGUCCGACUGGAAGCACAGUUGAGCUGUGUAAGCUUCAUUAG